AUGGUUUCUCCUCUGUCGAGUCCGCUGCUUCUCCUGCUCGUGGCGAUCGCCGUGCAUUGCGCCGUCCAUGCAUCAGCCUCCGGUGCCAAUCCUACGGCCGGGUUCGUGAAGGUGGACCUGACCGACGGCAACUUCCAGGUCCUUGACACCGAUAAGCCCUUCAACACCGCCACCCACACCAACCCCCGCACCGAAGUCAGGCUCCAGGGGCACGACUACUCGUCGGGGGUGUGGCAGUUCCAGGGCUACGGCGGACAGGUUGUGGAGGAUAACAUCUAUGACCGAUGGUUCUGGCUCAACGUGGUGCAUGAUGUGGACAAAUCCACCGUGGCCGUGUACAUUGAUGGGGAGAAGAGGUUUGCAACCGAUGUGACCCCGAACCGGUCAUAG